AUGACACUCUCCAAGCACAUCGACGCGGAUGACCUGAUCCAGCAGGCCCAGGAUCACCCCUACCUCUCCUUCGUCCAGCGUCCCGGUGGUGCCAAGAAGCGCGCAGCACACUCAGGUCCGUUCGGCGGACGAUACCAGACACAGGAGCUGCCAAAGUACAGCUUCCCAUCUAUUGGUAUUUCUGACGAUGCCGCGUACCAGCUCAUUUCAUCUGAGCUCGCGCUUGACGGAAGGCCUACGCUCAAUCUUGCCUCUUUCGUCCACACGUACAUGAAUAGUGCCGCCACGAAGCUGAUCAUGGAGAACAUCAGCGUCAACCUUGCUGACCAAGAUGAGUACCCCGCCACGAUGACCAUCCACGGUCGCUGCAUUUCGAUGCUCGCCGAUCUGUGGCAUGCGCCCAAGGAAAUUGAUCCGGCGACCGGCAAGCGCCACGGCGCGAUGGGCACCGCGACAGCUGGCUCGUCCGAGGCGAUCAUGCUCGGCGGCCUGGCUAUGAAGAAGCGCUGGCAGGAGAAGAUGAAGGCGGCUGGAAAGGACUACAAGAACCCCGGGCCCAACGUCGUCUUUGGCAGCAACGCCCAAGUCGCUAUCGAGAAGUUUGCGCGGUACUUUGACGUCGAGGAGCGCCUCGUACCCAUCAGUAAGGAGAGCCACUAUUGCUUCGACCCAAAGAAGGCGAUCAAAAUGGUCGACGAGAACACCAUAGGCGCCAUCAUCAUCCUCGGCAGUACGUACACCGGCCACUUUGAGCCGGUCAAGGAGAUGGCCGACCUGCUCGACGAGUACGAGAAGAAUGCGGGACACGACAUUCCCAUCCACGUUGAUGGUGCCUCCGGCGCCAUGGUUGCUCCAUUUGCGUUCCCCGACCUCGAGUGGGACUUUAAGAUCCCGCGCGUCAAGUCGAUCAACACUUCCGGGCAUAAGUUCGGUAUGGUGUACUGCGGCAUUGGGUGGAUCAUCUGGCGAUCGGCCGACUUUCUUCCCAAGGACCUCAUCUUCGAGCUGCACUACCUCGGCUCCGUCGAGUACUCGUUUAACUUGAACUUUUCGCGCCCUGCGGCGCCGGUGCUGGGCCAGUACUACAAUUUUAUCAACCUCGGCUUCGAGGGCUACCGCAAUGUCAUGAUGGACGACCUCAAGAACGCGCGCAUCUUCUCGCGCGCGCUCGAAGCAUCUGGAUAUUACGAGGUGCUGUCGGAUAUCCACCGCCCCGCAAGCGUCAUCGCUUCUGCCGACACCAAGGUCGGUUCAUUCGACGAGUCGGAAUGCAGAAACUACGCACCAGGUCUGCCCGUCGUUUCAUUCAAGUGGACAGAUGGAUUCAAAACCAAGUACCCUCAUUUGCAGCAGCACUGGAUCCAGACGCUGCUCCGUGUCAAGGGUUGGAUCGUGCCCAACUACAGCCUGAGCGCACCGAUGACCGACGUGGAGAUCCUGCGGGUUGUCGUGCGCGAGAAUCUGAGUGAAGACAUGAUUGACUUGCUCGUGCACGACCUGAUGAGCAUCACCGAGUCGUUGACCGAUAACUCUUCGCCUGAGGCCUCGCUUGCAUCCGUCAUCUCGAAGUCCAACAAGACAACCGCUGACAAGCACGCACAUGGACCCACCAAUAUCCCCCACCAUAAGCACCACCCGCGUCACCAACAUUCGCUCGAGAAAGGCUCCGGCACCAAGGCUGUCGGGUACGCCAAACAGUGCUGAGCGGCACGCGAUGGAAGCAACCUCUGGCAGACGCGAUGCUGGAGCAUACGCGGCACUGUACACAUUUGAAGAGAGCUCUCCAGCACAUGUACUGGACAAAAUCGUCACGGAAUUUGCAUAGGAAAUGUUUCGAAGUCCCCUGUCAC